AUGUUCGCUGGCAUGGCCUCCAGUCUCACUCGCUCUUUCUGCUCAAUCAAUCUGAGCCCUGAGCGGUCUCGCUCUGCCAUCAGGAACCAAAGUGUGCAGCUGGCUGCUGCACCAGUUCCAUCGUGGGCCAUGGCUCUGCGAUCUGAGCAAGAGGCAUUUUUGCAGGAUUUUCAAUGCUCGGUGUGGUUCUGUAGUAAGAGCAAGGAUACCCAACUCGGGCUGUUAUUGGCAGAACCCUGCAGGAUUCCCAGCCCCCUUUCUGCGCCUGUUCCGCCCAGGUCUGAUCGUGCCAUCAUCCGGCGCAGAGAUGAACUGCAAAUACCAGGGGGACUCUCUUACCUGUACCUGGGAGAAGGAGUGCCGUUCCUCAUCGUCAGGAUCCACUUUUCUUUCCUCGAGCAGCCCAUUGAGGUAGAAGUCAACCAGGACGGCUUGGAUCUGAACCAGCGACUGCAGCAGGACUCCGAGCAUGGAGCCUAUCACGUCGUGGAGCGAGGAGAGAGUCAGCGAGUGGCUCCAAGCUACUUUGGCUCGGACGGUAAAGUCAGAAAUAGAGGCGUCACGCAAAUCCUCUUGGAAGUGAAAGGUGGAGGUGGAGGUGGAGGUGGAAUGAGGAAGAGGCCUGUGCUGAGAGAGAGAAGCCACAAAGGUGUUGUUUUGAUCGGUGUCAGCAGCUCAGGUGUACCUGGACUCUUCCAGAUAGGACAUGUUGCAUUCACUGGUCUGGAUGCCCCCCUGCAUCAGUACCCGGUCCCUGAGUGGCAUUUGUCUGGUCUGGAUUUGCUCCAGCUGACGUGUCAAGACCUGGAAAAGUUGGGAGUACAUAAGAUCGGACACCAAGAGCUCAUACUUGACGCUGUCGAGAAACUCUGCUCUCUGAUGGGCAUCCAGGGCCGAUGGCGCCUCAACAACUACAAUGGAGGCAUCACCACCAAGCUGCCUGCUGUCAUUCUGCAGUUUGUAGUGGAGCUCAUCACCUCUGCCAAAGGACUCUUCUCUUUGCUCAACAGGUAUCAGUUUUCCCAGCUCAGUGGAUACACCAACACCAAGAACAUAUUCAACUACUGCAGAGAGCUCGGAGACAUUGUCCACAAGGAUACCACUGUCUAUGAAAAGGAAAAGGACAUCAUAUCUGUAGGCCGUCAGUUGGUGUCAGUGUGUGAUGAGAUCCUGGAUUCCAGUCCUGAGGGUCUUCUUAGCCACACCGCUCAGCUCGAGACUGUCGACCUAGUGCCUGUGUCACCUGGUGAUCAGCUGGGGAUUGAGAUAACGUCCACUGGCUACAGUAACCACUACGUGACUGGAACUGCUGUUGAGCCUUCAUCGGAUGCCUAUUUGAAGAUCUUGGCUGGUGAUGAAGUGAUCCAAGUCAAUGACCAGAUAGUGGUGGGCUGGAGCAGAGCUAACCUUGUGAAAAAGCUUCGAGAGAAUCCCAAUGGAGUGACUCUGGUCCUGAAGAAGAUUCCUGGGGUAGCACAACGCAGAAACACAGUCCAGCUCUCCUCCACACAGAAGGAGGAAGAAGAGAGAUCAGAGGGGGAAGAGGACGAGGAGACUCAGAGGCACUCCAUAUUUGAGAGGGUAGCAGCGUCCGUCAGGUCCCUGUCUUUUAGGAGAGCCGUUCACGGGCCAGUGGUCCAGCCUAUGGGACAGGAGGAAUCAGAGUUGUCCUCUGACAGGGAGGAGGAGGGGAGACUGACUCUCACUUCAUAUCAAAGCCAGCAGGGGGGGGCGUCACCACUGUCAGCCUCAGGGUCCUUUGAGAGUUUGGAAAGUUCAAGGCUCUCCCCAAGACCAAUACAAAACCGGUCUCCAUCACCCAGGAGUCUAUCUCCCUUUAGAUCUGGGUCAUUUAGAAGUCCUUCACCUCAGGGAGUCGACCAGGAAACAGCCAGCAUCAGUUCCUGCCCUGAAAUGGUGGGACAACCGGGCAAUAAGGAAACUAAAAAGAGCUCGACAAAAGGAAAGACAACGGCUAUGAGCCGGCGCCGCGUGUCCUGCCGCGAGCUGGGCCAGCCCGACUGCGACGGCUGGCUCUGGAAGAAGAGAAAGGAGAGCAGCGUCUUCAUCGCCCAGAAAUGGCAGCGCUUCUGGUUCGUCCUCAAGGGGCCUUGCCUUUAUUGGUACACCAGCCAACAGGAUGAGAAGGCAGAGGGUUUUGUCAAUAUGGCCAGCUACAACAUAGAGAGUGCUGGAGAGCACAAGAGAAAAUACGUGUUUCAAAUGUGCCACCAGCGAUUUCACAACUUCUUCUUUGCAGCUGACAAUGUCACUGACAUGAGCAAGUGGAUUAACUGUCUGAUCACAGCCAUACAGAAGCACAAGAAGUUUAACACAGGUCCAGAUAGUGAAGAAGAAUGUUACAGUGAGACUGAAUCAGAAAGCGAGACAUCACCUUCGACCCACAGAAGAAACAAGAAAGUGCAGUCCCACACCCUGCCUCGGCCCAAGCGGAAGACAAACGUGCCAUUAUCGAAUCUUGUGACAGGGGGCAGCAAAGGACCAGGAGGACCAGUGGAUGAGAUGGGCAUGAUGUUAAACAACAUAAAGGAAGGAGGAGUCUCUCUGAUCGGCCACGAGCAGCCGUUCACACACGACCACUUCAGGAAAUCCUUCAUUCGACGCAACAAGAACCCCAUCAUCAAUGAGAAGGCGCACACGCUCCGAGCCCUGCAGAGCACUCUUAAGGCCAAAGAGUUGGAGCUGCUGCAGAUCAACAAGCUCUUAGGAGAGUCUGCUCUGUCAUCUUCAAAGUAUCGCCAGUGGAAGGAGCAGAACGAGGAACUAGUUCAGGAGAUCGACAGACUAUUCGCACUCAAGGCCUCCAAAGAAGCGGACAGCGCGGCCGUGCCGGACACGCCCACGGAGGCGGUUGCCUUGGAAACUGUGGCAACUGAGGAAACAGCCAGCGCAAAAUCAAAAGGCGCAUACAGACUGAGCCUCAGCGACGGGGAGCAGUUAGUGGAUGCAGAGCCGUCUGAUGUUCUUCUCGAGAUCCCACAGGGUUCUCCAAGCGCUAGUCCAGUGUUAGAACUCUCUCUGGGAUCGCUGCAGGAUUCAAUAAAUGAACAGCUGAGUGAAAUGAUGGAGAGCGGAGAACCUGCUGAGAACUACUUCUACAUUUAACGCUUGAACAGUCCCAUCACUGCAAAGUUUCUGUGUUUGCUAGAAUCCGUCAAAUGGAAGACGUUUUUAAUGCAACCUGAUGACAGAGUUGCAUUUCACCGUGUCCCCUCCUGACAUUACGAUUAGUCAGGGAAAUGCAUCAGUGCAGAUUUAGACCUAGAAUUGUUCACAUCAACCAAAUACGACAAGUUUACGAAAGAGAAAAGAACAAUAUGCCAAGUGUAAAUCUCAGUUCAGUAUGUAUUUAUUGGAUUCUAAGGCCGUCUGGUUCUUCUAAUGAUAGAAAGUAGAACUUCUCUUAGAAUUCAAUGAGAAUUUAUAAUAUAAGUCAUGCCUCGUGUAAUGUGAUAUGUAAAUACAGUUGUACUUUAAAUACUGUAUGUAUUUGUUUAUUGACGUUGCCUUAGUAAAAGGUAUACAUUUGAAAUAUUUUGCACAGAAAAUUUGCCCCAUGAACAUUGUCGUAGCUGCUUGUUGUUUCAAGUUGGGUUUUUUAAGCAUUCUUUCCAUUGUGGAGGAAACUUCGUAGUUCUCCACAUAUAUGGACACAUGAACCAUAAAAUAGAACUGUAUGACAGUUGUGUGUGUUCCUUAUUGCCCAAUGCCGCCAUGAACACAGCAAGACAAGUACAGACUCCUCAAUAACUGUAAUAUUGAUCGGCUUAAUAAAAAGGGAGCGUGAUGAUCACUGACAUUUGUUGUGAAGUCCCUGUUUAAGACUGAAAAACCUAUA